AUGAAGAUUGCAAUCCUCCAUCUUGCCCUUCUCGGGCUGAGCUCUGCCCACGUCGCAAAUUUGGCUAGAGCGCCGCAGGGCCCGACACCGCCGGGCCAGCUGAUCGGUGAUGCAAUCAAGGCCGGUAUCAAGGAUUGGGGGCCGGCCGGGUCGCUGAAGCCGCCUUCGAGCCCCAAGCCCCCUCUGCGACAAAUGCCAGGCUCGCCUGUGCCGUAUCACAAGCCCAAGGAUCCUAACAUCAAGACUGGUGUAACGAGGAUCCCGGGUCAGCCUCUUGGCCCUCAGAAGAAGUGCAAGCCAUGCUUUCGGAAGAGAGAUAUUUGCUGCGACAGCUCGGGCAAGCCUGCCAAACCGGCCAAGGCCCCGGCCAAGGCCCCGGCCAAGGCCCCGGCGAAAGGACUGUCCAAGGCGAACAAGCCCUACAAAAUGGCCCGAUUCUCGGUGCCCAAGUCGGCCGGCAGGGCGGCCGUCUUCAUGCUCGUGGCGCCGUACGCGCACAGCGCGCUCGACUCGAUCAAGCAGUGGGACAACCCCAUCGGGCACGGCGUCAAGUGGUUCGACGACGCCAUGGCCAGCCUGCAGGAAGCCAUCGGCGGCCCGCAGCGCGACGACAUUUACGGCAACGAGCUCAAGUACAAGAUGAUCAAGGGCAUCGGCGGCGCGCUGCAGCUCGGGUUCGAGACGGACUGGGACAAGAACCAGCGGCUUCAGGCGGAGGCGGCCGCCAAGGAAGAGGCGCGCCGCCAGGAAGAGGACAAGGAGAAGCAGCGCAUUCAGGGCCUCGAGGAGCUGGCCGUGGUGUGCGAGAAGAUGGGAACGGAGCAGCCAGAGGACGCGGAGCUGACGACGCAGAUUCAGCAGAGCUGCACCAAGCUGGCGGACGCGGUCAAGAGGGUGCAGGCCCGGGAAGCGGCCGAGGCGAAGAAGAAAGUCAAGCCGGAGGCGUUUUACUGGUUUGGAAAGUGCAAGUGCAAUAGAAGUAAGCUUCCGAAGUUUGGCGCCAAGUGCGCCAACGAGUGCCGCGCCAUGAUCUCCUUACUUGGGGCUUGA